UUAGGUUUCUUUCAAGUGAAUGAAGACAAUAAUUCAAAAUGCCUGAAAAUCCUGCUACAGAUAAACUGCAGGUCCUGCAAAUUCUUGAUCGCCUGAAAGUGAAAUUGCAGGAGAAGGGUGACACAUCGCAGAAUGAGAAGCUAUCCAUGUUUUAUGAGACACUGAAAAGUCCUCUCUUCAACCAGAUACUCACACUUCAGCAAUCCAUCAAGCAACUCAAGGGACAACUGAGUCAUAUACCUUCAGAUUGUUCAGCCAACUUUGAUUUUUCUAGGAAAGGUUUAUUAGUGUUCACAGAUGGAGCUAUUACUAAUGGGAAUGUCCAGCGGUCCUCUAAUAACUUGACUGUAUCGGGGUUAUUUCCUUGGACCCCUAAGUUGGGAAAUGAAGACUUUAACUCAAUCAUUCAACAAAUGGCACAGGGCCGGCAAAUUGAAUAUAUUGAUAUAGAACGUCCUUCAACUGGAGGCCUUGGAUUCAGCGUGGUGGCCCUUAGAAGUCAAAAUCUGGGACAAGUUGAUAUCUUUGUGAAGGAAAUACAGCCAGGAAGCAUAGCGGACAGGGAUCAAAGGCUAAAGGAAAAUGAUCAAAUAUUGGCUAUUAAUCAUACUCCACUGGAUCAGAACAUUUCCCAUCAGCAAGCAAUUGCAUUGUUACAACAAACCACUGGAUGUUUGAGUCUGGUUGUGGCCAGGCAACCAGUCCACACAAAAAGCAGUACCAGCCUAACUGAUACAAUUCUGCCAGAAACAGUUCGUUGGGGCCAUAUCGAAGAUGUUGAGCUCAUUAAUGAUGGCUCUGGAUUAGGUUUUGGAAUAGUUGGAGGGAAAUCAAGUGGUGUGGUUGUGAGGACUAUUGUUCCCGGAGGAUUAGCAGACCGGGAUGGAAGACUCCAGACAGGAGACCACAUCUUGAAGAUUUGUGGCACAAAUGUGCAGGGAAUGACCAGUGAGCAAGUUGCACAAGUGCUGAGGAACUGUGGGAAUUCAGUCAGGAUGCUAGUUGCAAGAGACCCAGUUGGUGAAAUUUCUGUAACCCCUCCGACCCCUACAGCCUUACCUGUUGCCCUGCCUGCUGUGCCUAACAGGAGCCCUAGUUCUGACAAUUCUCUUUAUGAAACUUACAAUGUUGAGCUCAUUAAAAAAGAUGGACAGAGUCUUGGGAUUAGAAUUGUUGGCUAUGUUGGAAAUGCUCAGACAGGGGAAGCUUCCGGGAUUUAUGUGAAAAGUGUAAUACCUGGCAGCGCUGCGUACCACAAUGGACAAAUUCAAGUGAAUGACAAAAUAAUUGCUGUUGAUGGUGUGACUAUUCAGGGUUUUGCCAACCAGGAUGUUGUUGAAGUAUUACGUAACGCGGGGCAAGUGGUACACCUAACCCUGGUUCGUAGGAAGACAUCCUCACCAGCUUCACCACUUGUUGAAGAGCCUCCACUGGUUGAACAGCCUUCAGACACAGGAACUGUUGUAGAACCAUCAAAACCACCAGCCCUCUUUCUAGCUGGAGCAGUGGACACAGAAACUAAUUUGGAUGUUGAAGAUGAGGAAACUGAAGAAAGAAUGGAUAAUCUAAAAAAUGACAACAUACAAGCCUUAGAAAAACUGGAAAGAGCCCCUGACUUUUCAGAAAAUGAGCUGAAAUCGAGAUGGGAAAACAUACUGGGCCCCGAUUAUGAAGUAAUGGUUGCUACUUUGGACACACAGAUUGCAGAUGAUGCUGAGUUACAGAAAUAUUCAAAGCUCCUGCCCAUUCACACUCUGAGGCUUGGCAUGGAAGUGGAUUCCUUUGACGGGCAUCAUUAUAUCUCUUCGAUCGUUCCAGGUGGUCCUAUUGACACGCUGAGCCUCCUUCAGCCAGAGGAUGAGCUUCUUGAGUUCAAUGGUGUGCAGCUCUAUGGGAAAUCUCGCCGAGAAGCAGUCUCCUUUCUUAAGGAAGUGCCACCCCCCUUUACCUUGGUUUGCUGUCGACGGUUGUUUGAUGAUGAAGCCUCUGUAGAUGAGCCAAGGACCACGGCAGCCUCUCUUCCUGAGAUGGAGGCUGAUCACAAUGUAGAUGUCAACACUGAAGAAGAUGAUGAUGGGGAAUUAGCACUAUGGUCUCCUGAAGUUAAGAUUGUUGAACUAGUAAAAGAUCAUAAAGGCUUGGGAUUCAGCAUUUUGGAUUAUCAGGACCCCUUAGAUUCCACAAGAUCAGUGAUUGUGAUUCGUUCCCUGGUGGCCGAUGGCGUUGCGGAAAGAAGUGGAGAACUACUACCUGGAGACCGCCUGGUGUCAGUCAAUCAAUACUGUCUGGACAACACCAAACUUGCUGAUGCUGUGGAAGUGUUGAAAGCUGUGCCACCAGGCACUGUCCGCCUUGGCAUCUGUAAGCCUUUGGGGGAAGAUGAUAAAGAGGAAGAAAGUCAUUAUCUUUUACAUUCAAACACUAAUGAAGACAAGACUGAAAUUUCAGGAACAAUUCAUGAUAUAAAUUCAUCUUUAAUAAUUGAAGCACCCAAGGAAUUUAGAGAUGAACCCUAUUUUAAAGAAGAACUUGUGGAUGAGCCACUUCUAAAUUUGGGGAGAUGUUUCCAGUCCCAACACAAAGAGAUAGACAAUAGCAAGGAGGCCUGGGAAAUGCAUGAAUUUCUGACUCCUGGAUUGCAGGAAAUGGGUGAAGAAAGAGAAAUGCUUGUUGAUGAAGAAUAUGAGCUCUAUCAAGAUUGCUUUCCGUCCACGGAGUUGUAUCCCUCCUCACACAUUCAAGAGGCUGCUCCUGUUCCGUCCAUGCAGGAACUUCACUUUGGUACGCAGUGGUUCUGUGACAAUGAACCACCUGAGCCUCAAGACGCAAGGUCCAUGAUGAGCGUAUAUUCCCCGGAGACACAACAGUAUGGCUACAGCACUGAAAACAUGAUGAAAGAAAAUUUUGGCAUCAGUUCCCAUCCCUCCAUAUCCUCAACUGAAGGAAACAGUCAACAAGGCAGAUUCGAUGAUCUGGAAAAUCUUAAUUCGUUAACGCAAAGCAGUCUGGAGUUAGGCAUGAUGAUUCCAAAUGAUGUCCAAGGUCCUGGCUUGCUUGUUGAACUGCCCGCUAUGGCUCAAAGAAGGCAGCAAGAAGAUCUGCCCUUAUACCAACUCCCCAGGGCCCGAGUUGUUUCCAAGACCUCAGCACACACAGGAAUGUUGUCUUCCAGAUACACCACUGAUGCAUAUGAGCUACCUGAGAGAGAAGAAGGUGAAGGAGAAGAAACUCCUAACUUCAGUCACUGGGGUCCACCAAGAAUUGUUGAGAUUUUUAGAGAACCUGAUGUGUCUCUUGGUAUUAGUAUUGUUGGUGGACAAACCGUUAUAAAACGCCUGAAGAAUGGAGAGGAGCUUAAAGGUAUAUUUAUCAAACAAGUUUUAGAAGAUAGUCCAGCAGGAAAAACAAACGCUCUUAAAACCGGAGAUAAAAUACUUGAGGUGUCUGGAGUGGAUUUGCAGAAUGCCUCACACAGCGAAGCAGUGGAGGCCAUUAAGAAUGCAGGAAACCCGGUGGUGUUCGUUGUUCAGAGCUUGUCAUCCACUCCAAGAGCCAUUCCUGGUGUGCAUAACAAGGCCAACAAAAUUGCUAAUAACCAGAACCAAGGCACCCAAGAAAAAAAAGAAAAGAGGCAAGGAACUGCUCCACCUCCGAUGAAACUGCCGCCUCCUUAUAAAGCUCCGUCUGAGGACAGUGAUGACAAUGAAGAGGAAUGUGCAUUUACCAACAAAAAAAUCAGGCAAAGAUAUGCAGAUCUGCCAGGAGAAUUACACAUUAUUGAACUUGAAAAGGAUAAGAAUGGACUUGGACUCAGCCUUGCGGGCAAUAAGGACAGGUCACGCAUGAGCAUCUUUGUGGUGGGAAUUAACCCAGAAGGACCCGCGGCCACGGACGGACGGCUGCGUAUUGGAGAUGAACUAUUAGAGAUAAACAAUCAGAUUCUGUACGGAAGAAGUCACCAGAAUGCAUCUGCCAUUAUUAAGACUGCCCCAUCCAAGAUCAAACUGGUUUUCAUCAGAAAUGAAGAUGCGGUCAAUCAGAUGGCCGUUGCUCCCGUUCCGUUGCCAUCAAGUUCCCCAUCUUUUAUUGAGGAUCAGAGCAGCCCCGAACCUGUUAGUAGUGAGGAAGACGGCAGUCUCGGAGUUGGUACCAAACAAUUGCCUGAAAGUGAAAGCUCCAAACUGGAAGAUGUGGUGGCAGAUCCUCAGAAGGCAAUGGAGUGCUCAACCGAUAACGCUGUCAGCCAGAUGAAACAGCAAAAAUAUUCGACAAAAGUCUCCUUCAGUUCACAAGAGCUACCUUUAGCACCAGGUCCAUCACACCAUUCAACAGAGGCAGUCUCCACGGGCUGUGGUGGUUUCCAGGCACCUCUGUCAGUGGAUCCUGCCACGUGUCCCAUUGUCCCCGGCCAGGAGAUGAUCAUAGAAAUAUCCAAGGGACAUUCGGGGCUUGGCCUCAGCAUUGUGGGAGGAAGAGACACACCCUUGGAUGCUAUAGUUAUACAUGAAGUCUAUGAGGAAGGAGCAGCAGCCAGAGAUGGAAGACUUUGGGCUGGUGACCAGAUAUUAGAGGUUAAUGGGGUUGAUCUGAGGAACGCCAGCCACGAAGAAGCCAUCACAGCCCUGAGGCACACCCCCCAGAAGGUGCGACUGGUGGUGUAUAGAGAUGAGACACACUACAGGGAUGAGGAGAACCUGGAGUUUUUCCCUGUAGAUCUGCAGAAGAAGGCUGGCAGAGGACUGGGCCUGAGCAUCGUUGGGAAACGAAAUGGAAACGGAGUGUUUAUUUCUGACAUCGUGAAAGGUGGAGCCGCAGACCUUGAUGGGAGAUUGAUUCGGGGAGAUCAGAUCUUAUCUGUGAAUGGGGAAGACAUGAGAAAUGCCUCACAGGAGACAGUGGCCACCGUCCUCAAGUGUGCGCAAGGGCUUGUGCAGCUGGAGAUUGGAAGACUCCGAGCUGGUUCCUGGGCCGCCUCGAGGAAGACAUCACAGAACAGCCAGGGGAGUCAGCACAGCACACACAGCAGCUUCCACCCGGCCCUGGCUCCUGUCAUCUCCAGCCUGCAAAGCCUGGUUGGCACAAAGAAAGCUUCUGAUCCCUCCCACAGAAAUUCAGGCACGGAUAUGGGACCACGGACCGUUGAAAUAAUCAGGGAGCCCAGUGAUGCCCUUGGAAUCAGUAUUGCUGGAGGAAAAGGAAGUCCCUUAGGAGAUAUCCCAAUAUUUAUUGCCAUGAUUCAGGCCAGCGGUGUGGCUGCGCGCACACAGAAGCUUAAAGUUGGAGAUCGGAUUGUCAGCAUCAAUGGGCAACCUCUGGAUGGGCUGUCGCACGCAGACGUGGUUAAUCUGCUGAAGAACGCCUAUGGGCGCAUUAUCCUGCAGGUUGUAGCAGAUACCAAUAUAAGCGCCAUAGCAACUCAGCUUGAAAACUUGUCUACUGGCUACCACCUUGGUUCACCCACCGCUGACCACCACCCGGAAGACACAGAGUAAGUGUUCUAGAGGCAAAGUGCCUAUUAUGUGUGUGGGCAGUGCUCAGUGAGACCUUUUCCAGCUUAAUGUAGAGCAGACUUCCUGGAGAAGAGGAGGGGGAAGUACACACUACUUUUCUAAUCUGUAGACAGUCUCCAGGAGAGCACAGGGUCUCAUUUCUCACAGAGCUUUGUUCCACUGGAUAAGUUCUUAACAGACUGUUGGUGCAGGGCUUCCUGCGUCUGGUCACUUUGACAUGUGCCUACGCCUUCUCCCCCAAGAAACCACAGAUUCACAGCGCAGGUGCACCCUGCUUGCUUAUGCAAGGAAUCGGGUUUCCUCAGUUUUCUAAGCAAAAUCUUGUAACACUUGCUGGCAUCCUUCAUUAAAAUAAGUCAUUACCAUGAAAGUUGCUCAUUAAGGCAGUGUUUCUCCAACUAGAGUGUGCAUAAAAAUAAUCUA